CGCAGCUGCAUGAUGGAGGGUACCUGAGCUUCUGCAAUUCCUGUCCGCUUCAACUCUUUUCCUAGCGCGCCGCGUUUUGUUCGACCAAGGCUAUCGUCGCAACUACACAGUCGAAAAUCAAACGAUGGAAUCCUUCGCGCUUCUCAGCUAGGAGCUUGCAUUCAGGCAGGCGCAUCGAACCGCCCAUUCACUUCACACACCGCUAAGACUAUCUCUAGUCCCAGAGGAAAAUCCGCCAUCUAAGAGACCAUGGACGCCGUCAUCGAUGCGCGCUUCGAGCGUGUCGAAAAAGCCUUAGGCGCCCUGAUUGACUCCAUAUCCAAAUACAAUCCCUCCAUCUCGCGCGUGAGCGAUCUCGUGCUCGCCGACAGGGAGCUACAAGAUGGACUACAAAAUGUCCAAACACACCAAAACAAUGUCCUCCGCAUACAGAAGUUGAAGGCAACCACCGCCGGGCUUGACGCCCAGAUCCGCUCCACCCUGGAGGUGCUGGCGUCGACUCGCAAGGACAUGACGGCGACACCCUCGACCGUUUUCCCUGAUCGACUGCCGAAUCCAAUCUCUUUUGAGGAGCUACUCGCAUUUGCUCGCCGAAUCAGCAAGACGACACUGCCACCUCCGGGCGUCACCAAUGGCGUGGACCUCGAUGGGACCGGUGGCGACACAACACCUGGAGGAGGACCGGCAAUCCUGACAACAGGACAGGAUGCUGGCGCAUCGACUCCAGCGGGGCCCGUGCCACAGACGCCCACGGGUCCUGUCUCCGUUGCGGCGACGCCCACACCCAUGUCCGCCGUUGUCAAUGGCGGCGUCGGGACCCCAGCGCCUGGCACACCGAGCAACACCAGACAAGACUCCGCCAUGCCCGAUGCCCAGCCACAGCAAGGACCGCAGGGUGGUGCUGCCAACGGCGGCGAGGUCAGUGCCGGGAACGACAAGAGCGUGCUACCAGAGCUCUUCAGUCAGUGGAUGAACCCACACACUGGCGCCAUCUUUCUUCCUUGGCCCCACGAGGACCAGAUCCGCAUGGGUGGCCUGGCUGCAAACCAGUCCCUGUCUGAUCGCGGAAUCGAUCCCAAGGGCCACGACCCAGCAGAGGAGGAGAGGCUCGCGGCCGAGUCCGCAGCCGAGGCAAAGAGACUGGAAGAGGAGCGGGUCGAGGCGGAAAGGAAAGCCAUGGCCGAGCGCGAGGCGCGCGCCAGGCAGGAGAUGGAGAGGCGGAGGGCCCAGCAGCGCGAGAUGGAACAACGCGACGCCCUGCUCAGAGGGUCCGCCGGAAGCGGCGCCCAGUCGCCAACCUCCGCAAGUCCCACGGUCAAGAAGCAGUUCCAGUUCACUGCGUUCGACGACGACGACGAUUCUGACAACUCGGACUGAAUUCAGUGGAGGUGCUUGCUGGAAAGCUACCCGAGAACAGUGUACACGGCGCGAAACAACGGCAUUAACUGGGUUGCCUUCAGGGAGACAGCGAUUUGUGUGCAUUUCAGGAAACAAUUGAUACCGAGCCCUUAUCUUAGCAUUGCAUUAAUAUUUUCUCUGUUCCGUCCG